AUGGCCAACCGCGGCAAAAGCUAUGACUCCAAGGUGUAUUCCAUCGAGGAUCUCGAGCGCGUCGGGUCCGAGAGGAUGCACAAGGCGUACAGAGAGUACUACAAUGAAGGCGCAAUGGAUCUCAUCACACUGCGAGAAAACAAAUCCGCAUACGACAGAUACCUAAUACGCCCCCGUGUGCUUCGCAACGUCUCAACUCUCGAUACAUCGACGACAAUUCUCGGAACGAAAGUCAAGUUCCCGUUUGGACUGUCCCCGACCGCCAUGCAAGCUCUAGCACACCGGGAGGGAGAAGUAGCCACGUCCAAGGCAGCGGCUACGAAUGGGAUUCUGAUGGGCUUGUCGAACUAUUCAACGAUCGCGUUGGAGAAUGUCAUUGCACAGGGGAAGGGGAAUCCGUAUGCGAUGCAGAUGAGUUUGCUUAAGAAUAAGGAUGCUAUGGUGCGGAUGAUUAAGAGGGCGGAGGCUGCUGGAUUCAAGGCCCUCUUCGUUACGCUGGAUGCGCCCUACCUCGGCCGGCGACUGAACGAGUAUAGGAACAGUUUCGGUGUGCCCAAGGGCAUGGAGUACCCUAACUUGUUUCCCGGGGUGGACGUUAGUAACCUCGAAGACGGCGAGGAAUCAAUGGCUUAUGACACUGCGAUGGAAUGGCCCCAGCUCCUCCCCUUCUUCCGCGAACACACCAAGAUGCAAAUAUGGGGAAAAGGCAUCUACACUGCCGCCGAUGCCGAACUCGCCAUCGAACACGGCCUCGACGGCAUCAUCAUUUCCAACCACGGUGGUCGCCAACUCGACUCGGUCCCCUCAUCACUCGACGUCCUUCGCGAAGUCGUACCCGUGGCGAAGGGCAAGAUAACCAUUGCUGUUGACGGCGGGAUCCGACGCGGUACAGACAUAUUCAAGGCUCUCGCCCUGGGUGCCGAUUUUUGUCUUGCUGGAAGGCCUGCUAUCUGGGGGUUAGCGUAUAAUGGACAAGCCGGGGUGGAUCUUGCCAUCAACCUUCUCUAUGACGAGUUCAAGACUUGCAUGGCGCUUUCUGGGUGUAAGGAUAUCUCUGAGAUUAGCCGCGAGCAUAUCUCUCUUCUGCAACAGGAUGGGCGGUUGUUGAAGCUGUAG